UUAAUUUGAGAUUUCAUGUUUCACGGAAAUGGCUAAAAAUAGAGUCAGUUAUUGUCCUUGCCAAGAAAGUAACUCGAACUGGCAAUGGUUUGGUGGUCUGCUGUUAAGGAUACUCGACUUUAAGAUCGAUAAGUCAUUUAUGGUUGCGUGUGCCGGUUUACACCUUUUCCCAAAAACCCAUGUCAACGGCAACAUUUUGCAUUCCCGAUGAUUGACAGCUCAACAAAGGUCUAAUCURUGUGCGUACAUGUUCGUCUCAAUACUUUUAAGCAACUUUUUGCGCUAUUUUUCAUUUUUCCCAGUGAUUCGUGCUCUGGGAAGUUACAUGCUCAGUUGACAAAACUUAUUGUCAUUGGUCGAUAAAUUAAUCAACAUUCCAUUUUAAGCUGAAUACAUCGACUCGGCGCCAUCGUUCUCUCGACAUACGUGAGUGAURUUGCCAUGAGUGAGUGGAAUAUGUUAAAGUAGUGCGCUCAAUUCUGGUCAGAUUUACAGCGACUUGCAAGUGCGCGCUGCCAACCAAGUGAAAAUAAACUUGCACGCCGUAAAUUCAGCUACAUCUUGCGUGCUUGGUAUUCGGCGUAGCAGAGCAUGUGCCCGGACUUAGACAAAGCACUGAAUUAGACCGAGUCUCAUGGCGCCAAAUCGGCGCCCAAACACAAAAAUCUUAUAAAUAGCCUGUAACACUAGCCUUCUCACUUAAACACAAGCUAGUACUGAAUAAUUCACUCUGCGAUGAGCUCGGUUCUUUCAGGGAGGCUGAACGCUCUCUAAAGGUAUACCGUGUUUAGUGCCAAUGGAAACAGUCAAUUCAGAGCAUCGCUGGAUAAGUCAUCCCAUCGUUAACAGUCAACACGAAAAUCCCCACGGAUCAUCUAACAMCGAACGAGGACAGCAGCCAAAUAUAAACAUCGUCGAGCCUACACAACUCCUGCCGCCUGACGAAGUAGACGUAUUUUUUCAUCAUCUUGACGGUUCUGGAAACGCAGCGAAUUGGCCGUACGCGUCAGGUACAAGAACGUAUAGGCCUUCUAUGUGCCAUCAAAUGGCGGCGCACGGAGCAACAGCGUUUCAAGACCCACAGAAUCAAGCCAGCCCUCAAGGAAGCUGUAGCAGAGUGUUUUUACCUACAGCACGCGUACCAAGCAGCCAGGUCUGCCGACCACAUUUUCAUACUCCAAUACAGUGGAUCGAAAGCAAACCAGCUCCACUACACUGCUCAACACCAAAUCCUGCUUCUGUUUGGUGUCCACCGUUCCAACAAAGUCAUCGUCCAAGUCCGAUGUCUGCGAGCGGAUCGUCAUCUGCUUCUGGAUCUCAUUCCAGCAGCCAUCUCUUCUCUUUUCCUCCAACUCCACCGAAGGAAACAAGCUUGGAAGGAGGGACAUUAACAACUGAUUUCUUCAGCUAUGGGAGUGAUGACAAGAGGCUGAAAGGAAUCCAGUACGGGACACCAUUACGCGCUGAUGUACCACCGUUUGCAGGUUAUCCUCAAGCUCUUCCUCAAUACUUUGGUUCAGACCUUAAUAUGCCUUCUUUUGGGCCGGGGUUGGCGGGAUUAAUGGCUAAUAGAAACUUAAGUCGAACGAGAACCAAGAGCCGAUCAAAUUCAGCAGAUGGACGAGAGUGUAUUAACUGUGGCGCAACUUCUACGCCGCUAUGGCGAAGAGACGGAUCUGGCCACUACUUGUGUAACGCGUGUGGGUUAUACCAUAAGAUGAACGGAUCGAGUCGUCCGCUUAUCAAGCCAAAGAGAAGACUAUCGGCUGCCCGUCGCGCAGGAACGUCUUGCGCUAAUUGCCAUACAACACAAACUACACUUUGGCGUCGUAACCAAAAUGGAGACCCGGUGUGCAAUGCUUGUGGAUUGUAUUGGAAACUACACGCUGUAAAUCGCCCAUUGUCCAUGAAAAAAGACGGUAUUCAAACAAGAAAUCGAAAAGUUUCCUCAAAAAGCAAAAAUAAAAAUAAAUGCGUCAAGCAAGAACCCAAACUCGGCGAUGAGAAUCGUAUGGGACUUAGUUCGUCAAGCCCGCUAAUGAACCAAACGAGUGUGAUAUCUUCAAGCAUUCUGAGUCCAAUGGUCGGCCCAAAUGGGAUACAUACCACAGCGUUUAGUAGACCGUCCAUGCCAGGAUUACCUAGUAUUCAUCCUGGUUUGUACAGCCCUGUAGUACCGGCCAGCAGUUCCUCGUCUAGCUACAAUUCUUCGAUAUCUAUUAAUUCGUCGUGAGCAAAAGGACCUGAACUUGUCUUGCUUUGGGUAUAGCUGUAGUCACUAGUUUCGUUGCGACAAUACGCCCAAACGAGAAAAGAUGUAGAAAUCGAGUUUGACAAAAGUGCAAAGACACUUUGCAGUAUUACGAAGGCCAUCUCGCAGUGACCAUGACUCUAAAAAAAACACUUUGGAUGUGAAAAAGGUCUUGUUCUGAAUGACUGAAGGCGCGCAAUAAAGAAUCGCUAACGCGUCCUUCACUUACGAGACGCAAAAGAUCGGUGGACUCUCACAGCACCGUUAAAUAUUGGAAAAUCGUUCUUGAUAAGAGCGAAACUGUUGUAAAAUUUAACGAACAACGAGAUAAAUGUUUUGUGCGCAAGAUAAAAUCCUGGUUUUUGAUUUCAUUGAUAUUUUUGUGUAAUUAGCUUUAUCUAAGACUCAUAUAUCAUCCAACCGAGUAGUAUUGCAAUCCAAAAAGAUACCAGCAUGUAAAUAUCUCUAUAUAAAAAAUCUUUAUACGCAUAUAUAUAUAUAUAUCUAGAAAUCGCCGAACUCGAGAUAACUCAAAGCUCGGAGACAAACAUUGGACUUGUAGAUCUCCGACGUUAGGAAUAGUCAGUUAACAAAUAACCCUCUUCGUUCGCAUUAGAAAAAGAAAAAAACUAUUAUACUAAGAGUCGAGGGGGAAAGAGAAAGACCAAGACUCUUUCCGUUUUUGAGGAAAUACUCUCGAUUCUCUCGAUGUUAUUGUAUUAUUGUAUUAUUAAUAAAAUAAAGAAUCAUUCCACGUAGAAAA